CAAUUUUCUCAAACCAUUUGGGUAGAGUGUUGGCGAACAUUCUUUGGCUGGGUUGGAGUUCUCUUAAUAACACCCACUAAUAUUAUCUUUUUCCAUGAUCUUUUUUUUUUUUUAAAAAAAACCCAUUAAUGUAUUUGUUUUUCUUAAAAAUGCACUAAGAUAUCACAAUGCUCUUAGUCUUCACCACUUCUACAAUUUCCUUUUCAUUUUCCAAAUAAGAUAUCAUCAUAUCAAUAAACAACAUUUCAUGACUCAAAGUCUUUUUCUUUAUUGGGUAAAAGGCAUAUUACUUAAAUACUUGGCUGUAAUCACUCUAACCCACCAAUAAAGCAAAAAAUUUGAUCCAAAACCAUAAACCAAAAUCAUGCACUAACACAUAUAUGUAUAUAUAUGUAAUUAAAGGUUGAAACUUUGGUAAGUAAAAGCAAAACUCAAACCAGAAACAUCAAACCAUUGUUGAUUUGUAUGAUGCCAUAUGAGUCAUGAUUGUUCUUCUUCUCACCAUAAUCUUUGAGUGUUUUUUUUUCUUUAUUUCUUUCUCUUUCUUUAAAGGUCCUCACUUUUCCACAGAGAACCCACUUUAGGCUUUAGCCCACUCUCUCUUGUUCAUCUUCUUACUGAGCUUUCUUUCUUUCUUUCUUUGUGGAGAGAAAGAAUCACUCUCUCUUUCUCUCUCUCUCAAAAAGAAUAUAUUCUUUGCUUUACAGAUUUUAGUAGGUGGGUUUGAUUUUUUUAAAUCUCUAAAGCUCCAAAGAAGAUGCCAAAGUUUUCCCCUCCAAAUCCACACCAUUGAACUCAAAAUUCCCAUUUGAUUUAAAGUUCUUAUCUUUUUCCCAAUCUUGAGAAGAACAAAUUCCCAUUUGGUUCAGCCAAAAAGAUUUGAUUUUUAAGGUUCAUCAUCAUCAGAAAAAAAAAAAAAAAAAAAAAAAACAGAGAAGAAAAUGAAUGGUUCUGUUCUUGAUGGUAUAAUUAAUAGGCUUCUUGAAGUUAGAACAAAUCCAGGGAAACAAGUUCAGCUUUCAGAGACUGAAAUUAAGCAGCUUUGCUUUGUUUCAAGAGAUGUUUUCUUGAGACAACCCAUGUUGUUGGAGCUUGAAGCACCUGUUAAAAUUUGUGGUGAUAUUCAUGGACAAUAUUCCGAUCUUCUUCGGCUAUUCGAGUACGGCGGAUUACCGCCUCGUUCAAACUACUUAUUCUUAGGGGAUUAUGUAGACAGAGGAAAACAAAGCUUGGAAACAAUAUGUCUACUUCUAGCAUACAAAAUCAAGUACCCUGAGAACUUUUUCCUCCUUAGAGGAAACCACGAAUGCGCCUCAAUAAACAGAAUUUACGGGUUUUAUGAUGAAUGCAAAAGAAGGUUCAAUGUAAGGCUAUGGAGAAUAUUCACAGAUUGUUUCAAUUGUCUUCCUGUUGCAGCCCUCAUAGAUGAAAAAAUACUAUGUAUGCAUGGUGGUCUUUCCCCUGAUUUGAAAAAUUUGAAACAAAUAAGAAUGAUUCAAAGGCCAACUGAUGUAGCUGAACAUGGUUUGUUAUGUGAUCUUUUAUGGUCUGAUCCUAGUAAAGAUAUUCAAGGUUGGGGUCCUAAUGAAAGGGGUGUUUCUUUCACUUUUGGUGCUGAUAGAGUCACCGAGUUUUUGCGAAAACAGGAUCUUGACUUGAUUUGUCGAGCUCAUCAGGUUGUGGAAGAUGGAUAUGAGUUCUUUGCAAACCGAAAACUUGUGACGCUAUUCUCAGCGCCUAAUUACUGUGGCGAAUUCGACAAUGCCGGUGCCAUGAUGAGUGUUGAUGAGAGCUUAAUGUGUUCUUUUCAGAUUUUAAAACCAGCUGAUAAGAAACCAAAGUUUGGAUUUGGUACUACUAAGCCAGGUCCUCCUAGUAAAGUUAAGGUACAUUUUAUUUAUGGAUUAUUACACAAAUAUACAAAAAUAACAAAAAUACUGUUUUACAGAAUUUUAAAUAUUUUUACGAUUUUUUUGAUUUUAUUUACAGAAAAUACGACAUUUUUAUGCUGUACUCUUGUUAAUUUGUUGUUGAUUUUUUAUUAUCUGUAUAUUAUUUUUGCUAUUAUUUAGAUAUUAUUUUCAUGAUACUUUUAUGUAGUUUUCUUAUUAUUUUCAUAUUGUAUCUAUAAAAACCAUAAAAAUGUAAAAAAAAUUCUUUAAACGUAAAAAUAUAUUUUUUUUUACAAAAAGAGUACCUUGUGUAAUUAUUCUUUUUAUCUACUGUAUUUUUAAAGUGACUAAUGUUAAGAUUUUGACUAAUUGUUAAGAUUUUCAUAUCUGAAUAUUUGUACUCUUUUUUCAAUUACAGUCAUUGCUUGCUGCAAAGGGAUAUUCUUUUUGAGCAAAAUACAUCUGUCUUUAGAAGCAAAAACAGAAAUUGAAGAACCAAAUUAAAAAUAUUUGGUGUUUAAGAGGCUACAAUUUUUUAUAAUCAUACUUUCUUUUUUGGUUCUAUAUAUGUAUUUGUAAUAGAAAUAUUGGGCGAAAUAGAUUAUUUUUUAAUGUCACUUUACAUAGUGAUAUUCUUAUAAUUCUUUACAAAAUAGUAUUUUCGACUCUUGCAAUAUUUUGUCGAAAAAUAUUAUUUUAUAAAGAAUUAUCGGAAGAAUAUUACUUUUUGUAAAGUGAUAUUAAAAAUAUAUUUAUUUUUAAUUAUUACUCUUAUGUAUAAUAUUACUCAAAUGAUCAAAUUCUCUUUGUAAUAUAUAAUUGUAACUGUAAACUAAUUAUGAUUUGAGGUUUGGUGGGAUAUUAUUAAUAGGUAUACAGGUUUCACCUUCUUUAUGAAACCAUCAAAACUCAAUUUCAAUUGAGACCUAAUCCAUUGUUAAGGCUAUCUAUA